AGGGCAUCAAGGUCCCAGGCGGGAGCCAUGCGCUGGAGUCUAAGAAAGCCAUACGCUUCAUCCCCGUGUCGACGAUUGAUGAUGUCGCCAACACUCCAGAGGGUGCUGGCUUCCACCCCACCUUCACACACCAGAUGUUUGGCGACGAGGAAGAGAUUUCGGGCUACACCCACGCCUCGGUUAAGGUGUGCACGCGUGUGAUGCUCUGA